AAAACAUGUCAUGUAUAGAGGCCUAUGUAUAAGUAUGGGACAUUUCGUCUAUAUCACUUUUUAACAUUUUUUCUAAAUCGGCUUCGGGUGUUAUAACAUCAUAUAGAUAAUAGAUUUCUCAGGCAAUACUUUUAAGAUUUUGAUAUAUCAUAUCACAUUCCAACGCUAUAAUGGACUCUUUGAUAUUCACAAGUGUAUAUCUUUUCUUUUUCCAAAUCUGUAUGAUAUUUUUAGAAGGCAGUUUUCUAUAUCCAGAAAAAAUAACUGAAUAUUUAUUGAGAAUCUAUAAUAUUUAUGUUGGCAUCUCCUUCCUACUUACAUAUAUGUGCUGUUCAUUAGUCUAGCUUAUGGUGGUAGGCUAGAUAAAAUCUUGCUCUUCUCUAAAUAAAAUCCCCUGGAAUCCUCUUGAUGAGCUGAAUCCAACCAUGUAAAGAUCAUAAAAAUUGAAUCACUGGAUGCAGAGUUUGUUAACUUUGAAUUUUAAUAUUAUUAUUUACUAUAAAAUCAUAUGACUAUGACGUAAUUUUGACUAUUUUGACUUUUGGAGGGGCCCA